AUGAAACGUGCGACGAGCGCAUCCGUUGCGGCCGCCGCGACGGCCGCCGCGACGCAGGUGCAUCAGAACAAGAUCCAGGAGCUGUUCGCUUCGGGAUCGAUGUUGUCGACGACGACAACAACAACCACGAGCGCGAGCGCGAUCGUCGGCAGCGCCGACGAGCAGCAGGACAAGCAGCAACAGAUCGGCACGUUGUCGCCGUGGCUCGAACCGAAAGGCUCGCCGAAAGUAAUCAGUCCCGGAGCUAAUGAUGACGGCGGCAACAACAAAACCAAAUCGACGAUGUCGCGGCUGCUGGCCGUCGAUUCCGACAACUAUAUGUUGCGCAAGGGGGUCGCGACGGCGACCACGACGACGAACAACAACGGCAGCGCCACGGCCACAACUUUGUCGUCGUCGUCGUCCUCGUCGUCGUCGUCGUCGUCAUCUUCCUCGUUGAACAAUUCCGCGAGCGUGCAACAGCUACGGCAGAUCCAAACUCUCGCCAACACGCCGUCGAUCCUCGCGACUUACGGCAACGGCGAUCAGGCUGCUGUCGGUCAACUGUACGACGUCGCCCGGGCGACGUACGUGUCGCCGAGGUGGUACGCCACUCAUAACAAUAAUAAUCACAACAACAACAACAACAACAAUCAAGCGACGAGACAGUAUCGAGAGGGAGCGGCGACGGUGACCUUGACAACGCAGCAGCAACUCGAAGAGCAAUCUCUGCAGCAGCUUCAAUCGCGCACGGCAACCGCGACGCUUGACGCAACGUCGACGGACGGGACCGAGAGCGAACUUGGGUUUGCGAGCAGCAGCAGCAGCCCCCCGCCACGGUUGCGGAAGUUGUCGGCGGGCUGCAGCUGCAGCAGCAGCCCGCGACGACGACGGCGACGUCGACGUCGACGACAGAGGGCGUCGACGCGAACUCGAUCGGUGGUGGUCGCGCUACGAACGGUGGCAGAAUUGCAACCACCCACGAAGGGUUAG